UAACCAUACCAACGAGAGAGCUCAUCCCAGUACCAGGUUACGCUUGUCAGCUUAUUUUAUCUGACGUGGCAGGUCCAGCUCACGUCCCCUUAUCUAUUCACCUCGAAGUUUGAAACUUCCACUGUUUAGCAGCAGCAGCGCGCACACUUAACUCUCAUUACUCUUAUCAAUUCCCUCACAGAAACAGAAGAAAAAAAAUAAAAAUGAAACCGCACAUAUUACUAAUCGCAAACUAUUCCUCAAUUUCACCGCCGCUAAAUCUUCAAUUUCGCGUCAAAAAAUCUAGAAAUUCACCGUCUUUUCUCGCGUUUCUCAACAGAACCGCUCCUUUCCGCUUCAAUCUUCUCAAUUCUAAGGUUAUUAUGGAAGCGGUGAGAUAUGAUGGACCGAUAAUUGAUUUUGACGAAUUAGAAGCUGAUAAAGAUUGUGAGGUAGUUAUAGAGACGUGCAUUACACGCACGUUGACUCCAGCGUUGACUUUAGAGCACGGUCUUCGAAGUGUUAAAGAAGCUGUAGAGGAAUUGAAGUUGAAUCCUCCUGCUUCUAGUAGAGGAAUUUUAAGAUUUCAGGUUGCUGUGCCUCCUAGUCCAAAGGCUUUGAAUUGGUUUUUGUGUCAACCGGAGUCAUCUGGAGUGUUUCCUUUAUUUUUUCUUUCUAAGGAGACAGAGAAUGUAUCCCGUAAAUCUCUUUAUUUGAAUAGAAGCCGUGGUGUUUUUGGAAUUGGAGCUGCUAUUUACUUCAUGGACUCUUCUUCUAGUAUGUCCGGGGAGCAGCGACGGAUAAGAAGAUAUGUAUCAAGUGAUUCCAUCCGUAUAGCAACUUAUGGUUUUAUGGAUACUAAAUUUGACACCUUAACAUAUUCCAUUAAGAAUGAGGCUGGUUCCUUUUAUCUUGUAGUUCCUCAGAUUGAAUUACAUGAGCAUGAGGAUGUCUCCGUACUAUCAGCCACAUUGGCAUGGGAUGAUGCUUUCUUUUGUACAUUUAAACAAGCAAUUCAAUCGUUUGAGUCCUCUAUUUACCAGGCAAGUUAUCAUUGUUGGCCGACAAGAGACAGAAUCCAUUCUUAUUGCAUGAGAUCUGCUCUCAAUAAGGGCUCUCUGGUGAAGGAUGAUACUUUCCAAAUGGUUUCCUCAAAUGCACUGUUUUGGGACAGAAGGGAUCAAGAUGACCUCUUGGAACUGAGAGGGUUCUGUCAGUUUUUUUUCAGGCUUUCACCAACCAUUGGUGUUUCCAACAACAUGUUGGAUCAUGUUGGGGGAACAAAUUACUCCUGGCAAGACUAUGCAAACAUCAAUGCAGUUUGGGCAUCACUUAUUGUGGAAGAGUGUUCUCGUCUUGGGUUAACGUAUUUUUGCAUUGCUCCAGGAUCAAGAUCAUCGCCUCUUGCCAUUGCUGCAUCAGUUCAUCCCCUCACAACAUGUGUUGCAUGCUUUGAUGAGCGCUCACUUGCAUUUCAUGCUGUUGGUUAUGCAAGAGGUUCUCAAAAACCUGCUGUUGUCAUAACAUCUUCAGGAACUGCUGUUUCAAAUCUUCUUCCUGCUGUUGUGGAAGCCAGUCAAGAUUUUGUGCCUCUUCUCUUAUUGACUGCAGAUCGUCCUCCUGAGCUUCAAAAUGCUGGGGCAAACCAAUCAAUCAAUCAGGUGAACCAUUUUGGCUCUUUUGUGAGAUGCUUCUUCAGUCUUCCUGCUCCAACAGAUAGUAUUCCUGCGAGGAUGGUGCUUACUACUCUUGACUCAGCUGUACAUUGGGCAACCUCUUCACCAUAUGGCCCUGUUCAUAUAAACUGUCCUUUCAGAGAGCCCUUGGAUGACAGUCCAGACAAAUGGAUGUUCAGCUGUCUAAAGGGAUUAGAUAUUUGGAUGUCUAGUGCUGAGCCAUUCACCAAGUAUAUUGAAAUGCCAAGUUCACUUCCUUGCGAUGGCGAUAAUCGCAUAGCACUAAUACAAAUUCUUGAAAUAGUUCAAAGGGCUAAAAGAGGGCUUCUACUUAUUGCUGCAAUGCAUACAGAAGAUGAUAUAUGGGCGGCUCUUAUUUUGGCAAAACAUCUUAAUUGGCCAGUUGUAGCAGACAUAUUGUCAGGUUUACGUCUAAGAAAGCUCUUGUCUUAUUUUCCUGGAGUAGAAGAGAAUAUUUUAUUUGUUGAUCACCUAGACCAUGCUCUGCUCUCAAAUUUUGUCAGGGGUUGGAUGCAGUUGGAUGUAGUUAUUCAGAUUGGAAGUCGGAUAACAAGCAAGCGAAUUUUUCAAAUGCUGGAGGAGCAUUAUCCGUUCUCAUACAUCUUAGUUGAUAAUCAUCCAUGCCGUCAUGAUCCAUCUCAUUUUGUAACUCAUAGGGUGGAUUGCUCCAUUCUUCAGUUUGUUGACAGUUUAAUGAAAGCUAAACUUCUUAAUAGGAGCAGCGAAUGGUGUGGUUUUUUAAGUGCUUUAGACAGGAUGGUUGCAUGGAACAUAUCAUAUCAGAUUUAUGCAGAGAACUUGUUGACUGAGCCACAUGUUCUUCGUGCGAUUUCAGAAGCACUUUCAUCUGAGUCUGCUCUUUUUAUUGGCAACAGCAUGGCAAUACGUGAUGCAGACAUGUAUGGCUGUAGUUAUGAAAACCAUUCUUGUAGAAUUGCAGAUAUGGUGCUGAACUCAGAACUUCAAUGUCUUGGGAUUCAGGUGGCUGGAAACCGGGGUGCUAGUGGUAUUGAUGGUUUGCUUAGCACAGCAAUUGGUUUUGCAGUUGGAUGCAAUAAAAGAGUACUUUCUUUGAUUGGAGAUGUUUCUUUCCUUCAUGAUACAAAUGGCUUGUCAAUCUUGAGCACAAGGUUGCCAAGGAAGCCAAUGACAGUACUCGUGAUAAACAAUCAUGGUGGAGCAAUCUUCAGCCUUCUUCCUAUUGCAAAUAGAAUUGAUCAAAGAAUACUGAAACAAUAUUUCUAUACUUCCCAUAACAUUUCAAUUCAGCAGCUGUGCAUGGCACACAGCGUGAGACAUUUACUAGUGAAGACUAAAAAGGAACUUGAAGAUGCUUUGCUCACAUCCCAGCGAGAGCAGACAGAUCGUGUCAUUGAAGUAGAGAGCUCCAUCAGUGCUAAUUCAACCUUCCACAGUACAUUAAGAAAAUCUGCAUGCCAAGCAGCUAAUCAUGCCUUCACCGUUCUUUCAAGCCUUUCCGUUCCAUUUUCCAUCUCAGAUGGUUUUUUCCUUUGCAAAAUCCUCAAAAUGGAGUAUUCAUUAUACAGAAUUCAACUAUGUGCCCCUCCUACUUCAGCUCCUGUAGAUCUUGAUACUAAUGAGUUCCAUAGGGAAGGCUACAUUUUGUCGUUGUCUCUUGAAGAUGGAAGUGUUGGCUGUGGCGAGGUUGCACCUAUUGAAAUUCACAAAGAAGGCAUGCUGGAUGUAGAAGAGCAACUUCGAUUUCUCCUUCAUGUAAUUAAAGGAACAAAGAUUAGUUUUUCCCUUCCUCUGCUGAAGGAAUCAUUUUCCUCUUGGAUAUGGAAUAAUUUAGGGAUCCCGGAAAAUUCAAUCUUUCCUAGUGUCAGAUUGGGCUUAGAAAUGGCUAUUCUCAAUGCCAUUGCAGAAAGACAAGGUUCCAGUUUACUAAACAUAAUCCAACCACAGAGAGGAAAAGAAGAAGCUUAUGAAAAGUCCAACGUUAAGAUAUGUGGCCUUAUUGAUUCUAAUGGGAGUCCUGCGGAGGUUGCUUAUAUUGCUUCCUCUCUUGUUAAAGAAGGAUUUUCUGCAUUAAAGCUAAAAGUUGCACGUCGGCUGGAUCCCAUUCAAGAUGCUGCAGUUAUACAAGAAGUAAGGAAGAAAGUUGGUAGACAGAUUGAACUUCGAGUAGAUGCGAAUAGAAACUGGUCCUAUGAAGAAGCUAUUCAAUUUGGUUCUCUCGUGAAAGAUUGUAACCUGCAGUAUAUUGAGGAACCCGUGCAGGAUGAAGAUGAUAUUAUAAAGUACUGUGAAGAGAGUGGCUUACCUGUGGCACUUGAUGAAACUAUUGACAAGUUUUGUGAAAAUCCCCUUCAUAUGCUUGUGAAGUAUGCUCACCCUGGAAUAGUUGCUGUGGUAAUUAAACCAAGUGUUGUUGGUGGGUUUGAAAGAGCAGCCUUAAUUGCCGAAUGGGCACAUCAACUGGGAAAGAUGGCUGUUGUCAGUGCUGCAUUUGAAAGUGGCCUAGGUCUAUCUACUUAUAUUCAGUUCUCCUCUUACCUAGAGGUGCAGAAUGCAGAUCUUUGCAGAGUUAUGGACCGAAAGUUGGGGCCACCUGUAGCUCAUGGUCUCGGAACUUAUCAAUGGCUUAAACAAGAUGUAACAACUAAACCUCUGAGGAUUCGGCAUCUUCCAUGUGGCUUUAUAGGUGCAUCUGUUUCUGAUGCCAUAGAAUUCGUGCAGAAGUUUCAAAUUAACCAAAAGGUUAUUUGCAGAACUUUCACAGGGGAGCAAGUCUCUACAUAUGAUUUUUCUGUGAAUUCAAAGGGUUUCGCUUGCUCCAUCAAAGUACAAGAGGUUGGACAAAAGAAUGACGAUAAUGUGGUUUUAUUUCUCCAUGGAUUCCUUGGGACUGGUGAAGACUGGGUCCCUAUCAUGAAGGCCAUCUCAGGAUCGGCAAGAUGUAUUUCAAUUGAUCUUCCUGGUCACGGGGGAUCAAAAAUAUCAAACUGUGGUGCUAAAGAAUCCAAUAAGGAAUCAGCUUUGUCUGUUGAAUUAGUCGCAGAUCUAUUGUAUAAGUUGAUUCAACACCUAACUCCUGGAAAGAUUUCCCUUGUUGGAUAUUCAAUGGGAGCAAGAAUUGCGCUGCACAUGGCACUGAAACAUGAAGAUAAGAUUAGUAGAGCUGUUAUACUAUCUGGUAGUCCAGGAUUAAAAGAUGAGAUGUCAAGAAAAUUUCGUCUUGCUAAAGAUGUCUCCAGGUCACGCUUACUCAUUGUCCAUGGGCUACAACUCUUUCUAGAUGCCUGGUAUGCUGGAGAGCUAUGGAACAGCUUGAGAAGCCAUCCCCGCUUUCAGGAAAUAGUUUCCAGCCGCUUGUCGCAUGAUGAUGUUUAUAGUCUUGCAGAAGCUCUGUCUGGCUUGAGUAUUGGUAGGCAGAUACCAUUAUGGGAAGACUUGAAGCAAUGUAAUAUUCCCCUUCUAAUCAUUGUCGGGGAGAAAGAUGAGAAGUUCAAAGAAAUUGCCCAAAAAAUGAGCCAUGAAAUUGGCCAAUCUGGCGAGGGCAGAGGAGGAAUGGGAAACAACAUUGUUCAGAUAGUUGAGGUUCCCAACUGUGGGCAUGCUGUCCAUAUCGAGAACCCUCUAUCUGUUAUCAGGGCAUUGAGACAAUUUCUGACCAGGCCAAGAAAGUGUUCUACUCCAGGGCACAGUGAAGAGAUGCUCUAAUCCAGUACUGAUAACAGAUGAUGACUGGGAUGAAAUUCAUGCUCUCUGGUGUUCUGACCUUUUCGAAGUUCAGAACUAGAGGUUUUAUCAUAUUGAUGAUUGCUUUGGAGAUAUUCUGCAAGCUGACCUUUGUAAUGAAGGUUUGCAGUGGACAAUUCAAUCUGACAGAGUGCUGAUCCAUUUGACUAUGAGGUCCAGCACUAAUAGGGAAGAUGCUCUGGCAGAGGAGAAACGGGCUGGUAAAGUUCAUGUUUUAUCUAACUUGGUUGGCUUAAGUCACAGCUGAAAUACUCAAGGAGGGGCUCUCGAAAACUUUGUAGCUGCUGCAUGAGAAAAACGUAAGUUGAAUCUGUGGUUUAUUUGUGUGAACCCCUCUCCAUUUUUGGAAGAACUGAUAAUUGUUUACCAUCAUUCACAUCUAUCUUUUGACAUAGUCUUCUCUUUUUCUUUACCUGUUUAUGAGCACGCUUGUACUAUUAUUCAGACCAGACUUUAAUACUUUGUUUAUGCUUUGGGCAUGGAAAGUUUUGAUUGAAGCAAAUCCUGAUGCGCGGAGGUAAUAUCAAUUGUUGAGAACUGGCUAAUGAGGGCACUGACAUCUUCUUGAGAUAGGUGUCAGAUAUAAUCUGGUGCACAAGUUUUUUUCUCCUGGAAUUCUCUCUGUUAGUUAAUAUGGACGUUCAAUGAGCGCAACUAUCAGAUUAUUCAACAAUAUUUUUAGCAACAAUUCCUUAGAGGUGCUUGCUAGUGUCUCUCUCUCUCUCUCUCUCUCUCUCUAAAAUUAAGUAUACGCUUGAAUUAAGUUUUCAAGAACAGAAAACUACAUUGCACCACGAAAUCUCAAUAUAACGUAUUAAAAAUGAUGUAUCUUCAUUUGUUUAUUUCCGAAAGGGCACAA